UUGAAGAAUUCCACACCAUAUACAAUGGCUACUUUACUCUCUUCUCAUCAAGAUAUCACCUACCCAACGCACACGUUCUUCUCCACUGUUCCAUUCUACGACUUCAAAAUCGAAGCAACAGUCACAAAGAAAGCAUCCGAAGUUGACAAAUGGAUCUUACAAACCAUCCAAAUUCAUCGUCGUAGACUCCACAAGCUCCUCAUAGGUCUCGACAUCGAAUGGCGUGCCCCACAUUACCCUACUGUACAGCUCCCUUCCACUGCACUCCUCCAGCUCUGCGUUGGCCGUAGGUGUCUGAUCUUUCAACUACUCCAUGCAGACUGCAUCCCGCAUUCUCUCCAGUUCUUUCUCGGGAACCCUAACUUCACUUUCCUUGGUGUAGGGGUACACGGGGAUGCAUUGAAGCUGAACAAGGAUUACGGGCUAUACGUGGCGAACACUGUUGAUCUGAACAAGUUGGCGUUGGUGGUUAAGGAAGUGGAAGAGUAUGGGAGAAUAGGGUUAAAGAGAAUGGCGUAUGAAGUACUUGGGAAGGUUAUGAAGAAGCCUUUUGAUGUUACGAUGAGUGAAUGGGAUGCUGACGAAUUGUGUGUUGAACAAGUUGAAUAUGCUGCUAUUGAUGCUUUUGUUUCUUUCGAACUUGGGAUUAGCUUGUUCUCUGAGUUGUUUAGUAGAGGUGGUGGUGUAUAA